AAAAAAAAGACCAAACCAAACAACUAUAUAUUUAAUUAUCGGAGCACCAUUUAAUUGUCCAGAUCGAAUAUUUUAAAUCAUCGAGAAAGCACAGUACGUUUGAGAGAUAAUCCUACUACGGCAGUCAUACAAUGGGGAAGCCCAAACCUCACAAGAAGAAGGCUUCCAAACCUCGCGAAAAGUCGGUUCUGAGCGCUGGCGGCUCGAUAUCGAAACGGAAAAUGAACGAAGACCCCUCUAAGCUCCUUGAACAAGCGACAACGCUCCUUCAGACUGGACAGCCCGAUGCCGCGCUUUCGUUGGCCCAGCAAGUACUCGACAAUGCGCCGGCCAACUCCCCCACCCGAUUACUAGCACUGAACUCGGUUGCGGAGAUCUACGUGGAGCUAGGAGAGAUUGAUAUUGCAAGGAAACAUUUUCUCAGCGCAGUUGAGUUGGAUCCGGCGGGCUCCAUACCGGAGGCCCAGGGAGGGGGUGCUGAAAAGUUCUUAUGGUUGGCUCAAUUGAGUGAGCUUGGAGGAAAGGAUAGCGUUCAAUGGUUUGAAAAGGGGGUAUCAUCUCUCAGAAACACUGUCCAGCAAUUGGAGGUAAACCCGGGUCCGACAGAAGUGAUUGAACUGCUCGAGAAGAAGCAGAAGAUGGCAAAUGCCCUCUGCGGCGUUGCUGAAAUUUAUAUGACCGACCUUUCGUGGGAAGAAGAGGCAGAAAGCCGCUGUGAGUCCCUCAUCACGGAGGCUCUACUAGUCAACCCGACUUCGCCCGAAGUCCUACAAACACUUGCAUCAAUCCGAAUUUCACAGCUCCGAGAAGACGAUGCUCGCGCGGCACUUUCGAGAAGUCUAGAAACAUGGAAGGAUUUGCCACCUGAAGACCCCAGUGUUCCAGAUUUUGCAACUAGAAUCAGUCUUGCUCGUCUCCUGAUGGAAGUUGGCCUGCUACUGGAGGCUCUGGAGGUCCUUGAGCGUCUAAUCCUCGAAGACGACCAGAGUGUGGAGGCAUGGUAUUUGGGCGGCUGGUGUCUGUAUCUCCUAGCGGAGAAGAAAGAAGCACCCCAAGAUGCAGAUGGGCUGGAGAUCAACGAAACACCGGAGUCCAAGCGACAUGCUUCGCUGAUGGCUAGUCGGGAGUGGCUCAAGCAAGGUCUGACGUUAUAUGACCUUGUUCAGUACGAGGACACCAAACUCAAGGAGCACGCUCUUGAGCUCGUGGAGACCAUGAACAAAGAACUGGGAGAGGAGAUGGAAGAUGAGGAGGAUGGGGUGGAUGGCGAAGGUGACGAAGAUUGGGAUGAUAUUGACUCGGAUAGUGACCAUGAGAUGGCGGAUUCGUAAUGUCCUGAAAACGAUAUUUGCAUAAUGAUACCAAGAGAAAAGUUGUUCGAAAAGUAAUCCUCUGAACUUACUCCUAUAUUAGGGAGGUGCGAUAGAUAAUCAGAC